AUGUUGCGUGGACUAAUUGUCGCAAGUCUGAGUGUGCAGCUCUGCAUCGAAACUCUGGCGCAACAGGUUCCUUUUGAAUCAUCAGAAUGGCAGAUCGAAUCAAACCUGUAUCAAUUUGAAUGGCCGAUCAAAGAUGUAGCUGUCAUUGGAGCUGGGGUGUCCGGUCUAUUGGCGUAUCGUGCUUUGGCCCAAACCGACCAAUUCAGCAAAAUCAGGGUGUUUGAGCGAGAUUCAACACCAGGAGGGAACUGGCAUUAUUCUGACGAAGAAGCUAAAGCUGUUCCCAUUGAGCGUGGAACGACGGACGACUGGUGGAAAUCCGACUAUGUGCCUACGAUACCGACGAAGUUACCCUCGCACAACAUAUACACUAUUAAAGGAAAUGAUACGCUGAAGGACGAAUUGGAAGGGAGAAGGAUAAACCAGAGGCAGCCAAAACCACUUUGGAAGAACUUGAGAGCCAAUACACCAGCACCACAGCAACAAGUACCCGGCUUUUCAUGGCCACCAGGUGUAGAGUGGGCAUCUCAUCAUUCCAAAGUCCAGAGAUAUCUACGUUCUUUCGCAUCUUGGCUGGGUAUAAACAAUGGAGAUAGCGAUCAAGACAUAUCAUAUGAUACGAGAGUAGAACUCAUCACCAAACAUCUGGACAGAAAGGGGAAGCAGAUAGGAUGGACUUUGCUUUUAAGGAAGUUCAUCCAAACCGAACAUGAAAGAUACGAGGAGUCUUACUGGGAAGAACAUUUCGAUGCAGUCGUUGUGGCUUCAGGUCGCUUUAACAUCCCUCAUAUACCUUGCAUACCAGGACUUGUCGAGUGGCAAAAGCGAUUCCCAGAACAAAUUUUACACUCAAGGCAGUAUAGGUUUACUGAUAGUGUGAAGGACCAAAAUGUCAUCGUCGUCGGUGCAUCUGCAAGUGCGACUGGAAUCUCACUGGAUAUCAACCCAUUGGCAAAGACUAGUUAUCUCAGCAUACGGGAACAUAGCAAUGAUCCUAGAGCACCUAUCCGAAGAGAAACACAUCUAAACUCCGUACCAUCAAAUACCACAAUUGUAGGAGAAAUAGUGAGAUUCCAUCCAAUUCCCAACGGCGGAAACCUAAGGGAUGGUCGAAUCGAGCUUCUCAAUGGUACUAUAAUCACAAACAUCGAUCGGCUGAUCUUUGGAACUGGGUUCCGAUACGCCUUUCCGUUUUUACCUCAGUAUCACAAUUCGUCAGCAUCUAGUAACGUGCCAGUCGAUAGUGAUGAGCAACCGAUCGUCACCGAUGGAUCUCAUGUCAGGUCAUUAUACCUCGAUACCUUCUAUAUCGAUCAGCCGACUCUAGCAUUCCAAGGACAAAACGUUGGUAUACAAACAUUCGUAUAUGGGAAGUACGCAGGAGAAGCUAUCGCUAGGGUAUGGAGUGGCAGAGCAGAUCUCCCGAGCCAACGAGCUCAAUGGAGACAUUUUUGGAAUACUGUCGAGGAAAGAGGCGGUCUCAAGAAAGGUUUCCAGUGGUUGAAUAAUGAUGCAAACAGUCGAUAUUUGAGUUAUUUUGUAGCUUGGUUGAAUUCGGCGGCAAUCAGGAAUGGUGACAAGCUGUUGGAACUCCCUCCGGAUGUAUCUGAAGAGAUGGAUCUGUGGAUGAAAGCUCGAGCAGCUGGAGUGUCAGUCAACCCAGAUGGAAGGAAUGAUUUCUGGCCGAAGUCAGUACCUGAUAAUGAUAGCACACGAUGGAGAAGAGCUGUUCUCGAUGAUUGGUAA